AUGGAUAUCGCUCAUUCAAUCCACUCCGAGGUCACCUCCCUCUCAUUCUCCUUCCUCUCCACCGACGAUGUCAAGGCCAUGUCAGUGAAGAGGUUGGAUAAUCCCAUCUUACUGGAUAAUCUGAAUCUACCCACGAAAGGGGGUUUGUAUGAUUCCAAGUUGGGACCUAUGACUGCUAGGGAUGUGUGCGAAACAUGUCAUCUAUCUUACUUUGCCUGUCCCGGUCACUUUGGUCAUAUCGAACUUCCCACUCCAGUCUUCCAUCCUCUCUUCAUGAACCAAUGUUAUGGUCUCCUUCGAACCGUCUGUCUGUUCUGUCAUCACUUCAAGAUGCCCGAGCUUAUCCUCGCCUCUUAUGUCGCUCGAAUACGACUCCUUGAUGCUGGUCUCUUAACCGAAUCUCAUGAAGUAGCCCAGAUAUUCGCCAAAGCAAUGGGUACACCAGCCAGUUCAAAGGACGACGAACCCGAUGCGGAAGAUGUAGAAGGCGGACACAAGACCAUAUCAAGAGAGAACGCAGCGGAGCUGAUAGUGAGAGUGGACGCAUACGUCAGUGCUACUCUCGAAGCUGCCAAGAAAGUCUCGAAUGGAAGUACGAGAGAUGCCUAUAAGGAUGGUUUGGUAUUUGAAGAGAGAAAGAGGCUGUUGAGCGAAUUUGCGAAGAAGAACUGGGCGAAGUGUAGUAGAUGUUCUGCUUAUGCUUACACUUUCCGAAAGGAGAAAGCCAUCAAGAUUAUUGAAUACGACCUCUCAGUCAAACACAAGCAAUCCAACAAAAUGGCUCAUAUCAAGCGAAAAGACGUGCUCGCCAUCAACUCCAAAUUCUCCAGACAUCGACGUUCGGCUGAUCCCCAAGAUAUCGAUGAGGGUAUCGAAAUGGACAGCGACAAGAGUAGUAGUAGCGCUGAAGAAGACAACGCUAUGGAUGUCGAUGAGGAGGAACCCGUGGAGGAAAAUGACGACAACGAAGAAGACGAUCAAGAAGAGAUUGCUAGAACUGUAGCUAAAUCGGCAAGUGGACAAGUGAAAGGUGCAAGAGGGAGAAAUGAAAGAGUCAUGUCUGCUGCAGAAGUCAGAGCUCAUCUUAGGUUACUUUUCGCCAAAGAACCUGAAAUUUGCAAGCUCCUUUAUGGAAGACAUGGUUUGAAUUCCAACCAGCCAACAUCAGGUCCAAUGGCAGAUAUGUUCUUCAUGGACGUCGUUCCUGUUACACCAACACGAUUUAGACCGCCAGCCAAGAUGGGUGAAGAGUUAUUCGAAAAUUCGCAGAAUUCCCUUCUCUCAGCUGUCAUCACCACUUCGCAUAGAAUCCAGGAGUUGAAUGGUAGAUUGAUAGAGCAAGCUAAAGCUGAAAAAGGUGAAGCUGUACUGGAUGCUAUAGCAAAAGCGGAUGGUGCGAGGGCAUUCGAAUUGUUGCUGGAAGCUUUGAUCAAAUUACAGCACGAUGUCAAUAGUUUCAUGGACAGUACCAAGAACCCGACGGUGAUGAGACAAGGUCAAUUGCCCCCUCAAGGUGUGAAACAAUUAUUGGAGAAGAAGGAAGGUCUGUUCAGAAAACAUAUGAUGGGUAAACGAGUCAACUACGCUGCUCGAUCGGUCAUUUCCCCCGAUAUCAACAUCGAGACCAAUGAGAUUGGUAUUCCUCCUGUAUUUGCUAAGAAAUUGACAUAUCCUGAACCUGUCACUGAGCAGAAUGUUCACUGGUUAAGACAAUUGGUGAUAAAUGGUCCCAAGAAUCACCCUGGUGCUGCUUUGGUACAGAACGAGGACGGAACACAGAUAUCUCUUGACCGAACUACCCCUGAGCAACGAGUUGCUAUCGCCAAUCAAUUGUUGACCCCGCAAGGUGACGAUCACGGUAUAGGAAGUAGUACUGGACCACCUAAGAGGAACAAGAAAGUCUACCGACAUAUUCAAGAUGGCGAUGUCGUCAUCUUGAAUCGACAACCCACCUUGCACAAGCCCAGUAUGAUGGUACACAAAGUCAAAGUUUUAUUGGGAGAGAAAACUAUCCGAAUGCACUACGCCAAUUGUAACUCCUACAAUGCUGAUUUCGAUGGUGACGAAAUGAACAUCCAUUUCCCUCAAAACGAAGUUGCCCGUGCGGAGGCCAAGUUCAUCGCCAAUACCGACAACCAGUAUCUCGUACCCACGUCUGGUAAUCCACUUCGAGGUUUGAUUCAAGAUCACGUAGUAGCUGGUGUGUGGAUGUGCAACAAAUCUUCCUUCUUCACUCGAGAACAAUAUUUCCAACUUAUCUACGGUGCCCUUCGAACGGAAGAUAACUAUACUGGGCGAGAUAAGAUUAUCACACUUCCACCUGCAAUUUUCAAGCCCCGACCACUCUGGACCGGUAAACAAAUCAUGUCUACCAUCCUGGCAAAUCUCACUCCUCGAAAUGCCAAGGGCUUGAACUUGACAUCGAAGAACAAGGUUCAGAAUAAACUCUGGCGCAGGGAUGACUCAUCUGAUCCAGCAAUGUCAGAAGAGAAUGUCAUUUUCCUCGAUGGUCACUUGAUCUGCGGUGUACUCGAUAAAUCUCAAUAUGGUGCUUCGGCGUACGGUCUCGUUCAUUCGGUUCACGAAUUGUAUGGUCCAUAUAUCGCAAAUCGACUUCUCGGUGUGUUGAGCCGACUUUUGACGAAGUACCUUCAACAUAAUGCCUUCUCCUGUAGAAUGGAUGAUUUGAUCCUCACUGCUGAAGGAGAGAAGAUGAGAAAGGAUAUCUUGGAUAAAGCCUCAGGAGAUGGUGCUACAGCCGCUAUGAAGUACGUUGGUCUUCCUGAAGGCUCAAAGAUCGAGGAUCCCGAUACAGCAAAGAAUCUUGCUAUCCGACUUGAAGAGAUCCUACGUGAUGAUCACCUCAUGGCUGGUCUUGAUGCAGUCAUGCAGUCCGCCUUCAACAAAACUACCUCUAAAAUCAAUAACGAUGUUCUUCCCGAUCACUUGGUCCGACCUUUCCCUGACAACAAUAUGCAAAUGAUGACUAUCUCCGGUGCGAAAGGAUCCAAAGUUAAUGCUUCUCAGAUAUCCACAUUACUCGGUCAACAAGCUUUAGAAGGUCGACGAGUACCAACUAUGGUAUCGGGUAAAACCCUUCCAGCGUUCAAACCCUUCGAUACUAGUGCCAGAGCGGGUGGAUACGUAGCGAACCGAUUCUUGACUGGUAUCCGACCUCAGGAAUACUAUUUCCAUUGUAUGGCUGGUCGAGAAGGUUUGAUCGAUACUGCCGUCAAGACCAGUAGAUCGGGUUAUCUACAGCGAUGUCUCAUCAAACAUCUUGAAGGUGUUAGAGUGCACUAUGAUCACACUGUUAGGGAUAGUGAUUCGUCAAUCUUACAAUUCAUGUAUGGAGAAGAUUCUUUGGAUGUUACCAAACAGAAACACUUGGAACAUUUCGAUUUUGCCGCUCGAAACCAUACAUCCUUAAUCAACAAGAUUCGACCUGGAGAUAUACAAGGUAAAGUCAAUGAUGAUGCUUUGUCCCACAUGAAAAAAGCGUUAAAGAAACCCCACAAGUACGAACCUGUUCUGGCGAUCUAUUCGCCUUCCAGGUUUAUCGGAUCAAUGUCUGAAGAAUAUGCUAGGAAAUUAGACAAGUAUAUCGAUGAUAACAAAUUCGGAUACAUAUCGAAAAAGGGAGUGAACAAAUCUAGUCCGUAUGCGAGCGAGAGAAUACCUGAUAAGGAUUUCUUGAGACUUGCUAGAGCUAGGUAUAUGAGGAGUCUGGUAGAGCCUGGGGAAGCGGUUGGAUUGUUGGCGAGUCAGGGUGUCGGUGAACCUUCUACUCAGAUGACUUUGAAUACUUUCCAUUUGGCUGGUCACGGUGCUGCGAAUGUUACACUUGGUAUUCCUCGAUUGAGAGAAAUCGUCAUGACAGCUUCUUCCAAACCCACCACACCCACCAUGAAAUUACCUUUGAGAGAAACAGUAUCGGAUAAACACACCGAAUCGUUCAUCAAGCAAGUUUCACGACUGACACUAUCUCAAGUGGUGGAACGAGUAACGGUGACUGAACGAUUAUCGUCCAAAGCAUCCGAAUCUAGCGGUACGAGACAGCGUAAAUAUACUGUCUUGCUUGAAUUCUAUCCUCAAGAAGAAUAUGGACCAGAGUACGAAAUCACCUCUGAACAAUUACACGAAUCUCUUGCAUUCUCGUUCGCUCCUCGAUUGAAGAGAGAAAUUUUGGGUGAAAUGCGUACGGUGGCUAAAUCGGCUCAACAGGAUUUACAAGUUGGUAAAGGCUUGAAAGUGAAAUCUGGUGCAGACGAUCUGGCAGAAGAUGAAGAUCAUGAUGUUGAUCAUGAAGGAAAUGCCAAGAGGAGAGGAAAAGAUGAUGAAUUAGAUAAUGAGAAUGAUGAUGAAGAUGCCUACAACGAAAAGAGGAUCAAGCAAUCUAAACAACAUGAAUAUGAAGAAGAUUCAAAUGCCGAUUCUGGUAUAGCCGAUUUAGAAGAUUUCGUUGAAAAAGAACUUGAUGAGGCGGAUGAUGAUGAGGAUGAAGAAGCGGAUGCGAUUGAAAAAGCAAGAAGGGAUCAGAAAUCUGAUGAUUUGGCGGAAUUGUUCAAACUCGCUUCGAAAUAUGCUACGACGUUUAGCUUCGAUGGUCAUAAGGGUAAAUCGGCUCAAUUCGAUUUAGAGUUCCCUGCCAAUGCACCUAAGUUGUUAUUGGUCGAUUUGAUCGAACGAACCUGUCGUGCUGCUGUGGUUCAUGAAAUCUCGAAUAUCGGUAGAUGUAUGAAGAUUUUCAGUGAUAAAGGAGAUUUCACACGAACACUCAUCACUGAAGGAUCCAAUUUGCGAGGCAUGUGGGCGUUAGCCGACGAAUUAGUCGACCUCGAUCAUCUAGCUUCUAACGAUAUCUACGCGAUAUUGACGACAUACGGUGUAGAGGCCGCCCGAAGAGCUAUCAUAGAUGAGAUCAGUAGCGUCUUCGGUGCUUAUGGUAUUGCUGUUGAUUAUAGACAUUUGACAAUCAUUGCGGAUUACAUGACCCACGCAGGUGGAUAUAGGCCAUUCAACCGAACGGGUAUAGCCGCCAAAUCCUCACCAUUACUCAAAGCAUCUUUCGAAACUACUGUUGCUUUCUUAUCUGAAGCUACCCUUCACGGCGAUUUCGAUGAUCUCACCUCACCUGCUGCUAAGAUCGUAAUGGGUAAACCAAGCUCGAGUGGUACGGGUUCGUUCGAUAUCAGAGCACCUACCAGGAUUGCUUAG